AUGUUUCUAAAAUACUGCAUUCUACUGGCCAUCUUUCUCGGGUAUGGGCUUUGUGAGAACGAGAAAAAUAUUUCACGGCAAUUGAAUGGCACUGUCACUGGUAACCAGACCCUUGCGCGUGCAGAUGGUCCAUACUUGGUCACCAGUGACCUUAUUGUCCCAGAAAAUGCCACUCUAACCAUAGAGCCUGGUGCAAUUCUAAAUUUUGUUCCAUAUGUGGGGAUUCGUGUUCGUGGAUCGUUUCAUGCAAAAGGUACACCGUCGCAGAGAAUUACUUUCCGAGCGGUUCCCUGUGGAGAAACAAGUUUUUGCAAUAAAACAGACGGGGCUUUAUUCUACAGUCACGGGAUAAGACUUGUAGAUGGAUCAUCCUACAACAACGGGCGCCUACAGCUGCAGUAUAAUGGAAGGUGGGGGACUGUCUGCAACGACUGGAGUUCUUGGGAUCUCAGAGAUACGCACGUGGCCUGCAGACAUCUUGGCUUCCUUGGGGGAAAGCGGCAUUACUAUUAUCCCGGUAGCGGCCCCGUGAUGAUGAAGACAGUUGGCUGUAAAGGAACUGAAAAGAGUCUAUGGGAUUGUUCUUACAGAUGGAUUAUGAGUAAUCAGUAUUCAUGUGGUAAGUUCAUUUUAGUCCUAAGCAAAGCAUUUGUUGUUUGCACAUGUGCCUCUCCAUGGAAAUAUUCUCUUUCUGGCCGUAAAGCAAGUGAUUAACGACAAAACUAUUUAAUUUUUCCAUGUAACCAAAGUAACUUAACAUCUUUCUCUGCCUUGUGACUUUGCAUGGGGUGAAUAUGCACAAGAGGGGAUAGAAAUAUGCCCUCACAUUUUGUCGGGUAAAUUCCAUUUAAUUCAUGUUUUAAGACAAGCUUUUGCUACAAAAAGCAUUUUUUUGAAACUGAGAUCCUGUCUCACUAGUUAUAAAGUACAGGUGACAAAUGCGCGGUUUCUCAACGUCUUAGUCACCGUUUCUGUGGAACUGGGUACCAGAGACAACCUCUCCUCCCAAAAAACGUCCGUGAUGUAUACAUUAAGCCUUUACACCCUAACAUCAGUAUUCAUAUUCUCCUUACUGUUCUCUGUAAAUUCACUAUGAUGCUGACAAGGAGAAUUUGUUUAACAAUCAAGAGUUUCGUUAGUUGGUGAUUAUUUUUUUUAUUCUCAUGACCUCAAUGUGAGAUUCAGUGACGAUAUUGUGAGGAGAAUGAAUGAUCCCAAGUUCAGACUUCGCUAAGCAUUUGAAUGCUUGGUUUACGCUCUUUUCAAUUUUCUUUCAGUUUUCUUAGACAUCAGGCUGAGUUAAAUUUGGAUUUCGUGACAUGAAAUUUUUGCUAUGAAGUUGAACACUUCGUGUGGCUCUCGGGUAGAGGACUUAAAUUCUCCAUAUGAAUAUAAAAUUGUCCUGAAUGGCCAAUUCACCCGCCCAACUUGAAACCGUAAUACAAUUUUAUUAAUUUUUAGAGAAACAGAGCAUAGAUCAAGGGAGGAAGAGGUUGUGUCCAGGUUCCCAGAAUCCAUAUCAAUAAGGACUUUCGUAAAAGCGUCAAGGUACAAAAUUUGCUACUUUUAAGUCAUAACCACAUUUCUAUUUUUAUCCCUUUUAUUUUCCAUUACAACGACACAUAUUUCAGCUCACAGCCGGGACGUUGGUAUCGAGUGUGACACUCUCUUGCCAUAUUUGGCCGAGAUUUUUUACUGGAAAGGUAUUUACUUCGAGCUAACGAAUUCCUCUGAGAUGAAAGGAAGCUCUUGUCUUGAGCACGUGGACAUUGAGAAUGCUCUCGAGGGCGUAAAUGCCGUGAAAAACGCCCCAGAUUUACUUCAUGUAAUGAUCAACGGUAGUGCUUUCGGUUUAAAUAUAAAAGAACUUGCCAAACCCUUGGCUGUGAUCGAUUCUUCUAUCCUGGGGCCUAAACUGGCUGGUGUGAACAUCGAGAACUCCUGUGGUGAUGUUAUCAUUGAAAACGUCACAGUUCAGAAUGCACGAUUUGGAGGAGGCCUUAUCUAUAAGCGCCUGGCAGUGAAUUUCUGUUCCGUCAUCCCAGAGAAAGCUUCUUUUCCUUUGCUCCUAAAUGCCGCUGGAAAUCAUCAUCUGGUUGAUUGUAGUAAGGUAGGAUCAAGUGUUUUAGUUAAAAUGUCUGAGUGAUUUGGUAAAAAGAAAAAAAACUUUGAAUUCAAAACCAAUCUAAUGUAAACUGUGGAAUACCUAUAAAUACCCAACGCCUUUUCGAAAACAGAUUUUUUUAGUCGACUUCUGGUUCAAGUUUCCUGAACUGUAGUUAAAAUGUACAGGUUUUUGUCACAUUUUGGUACAUAUUUCAUUCAAGAUUUUACAAGGUAGAACGACAAGCUUCCAAUAGUGAGGGAUUUAAUUUUUCUAUCAAACCCGGCGAAUCCUUUGAGGAAAACAACGCGGUCUCCAUGAGCUGAAAGUUCUGGAUCCUUGGCUAUUUAAUUAGAUUUGAAAGAAAAAAAAUAUUUUAAUGAUUAUCGAAAUAAUGUGAAUUAGACAGGACACUUGUUAUGGGUGGUGUUUUUUUUGUUUUUUUUUUUUUUUGUUUUUUUUUUUUAACGAAGGGGAGGAUUUUUCAUGUACAAUAGGGGAGAUCAUUCUUCCAUAUGGAGGAUGGAAGAUCAAGUCUUCCCUAUAUGCAGACACCAGCUUUCAAAUAUGUAAAACUAAUAGCCAACGAUUGAAAAAAUAAGUUUUCUUUGAAGGGUAGAGGAAGAUAAUGCCUCUUCUUCCAUUUUCAUCUGUCAAACUAAGUAAGUUCGCACCUGUCGAAUGUUAUUUUUAGGAUAUUUUUCCUCAAUAGGAAAGUACUCGUAAAAGACAUCUAAAUAGUCAAAAUGUUGAGCCAGGUUUCAUGGAAGGAAGUUACCCGAUUGAGCACCUCUAUAGGAAUAGCCGUACCUUGUAACCUAAAGACAUUUAUCUUUAUGCGGCUUCCUUUUUUUUUUCAAAACUCUUCCAGUGAAAGAAAUGAAUAAAAAAAAAAUUUGCAUUCUUAAGAUUUUCAGAGCUUCACCAGGAAGAAAGAUCUCUAUGUAUUUGAGAAUAAUAAAUGGAAGUGGAUUCGAGCUUAAUAUUACCGAUGCAAGCACAGAUAUCAAAACCCAACUGCACAGAAUUACAAGUGACUACAAUGGAAGGACAUUUAAGACUGGUUAUACUUCUAUAUUGGAACUUUCCUUCUACUCUAAAGGCAGUUCUAACUUGGAAAUAGUCGUUAUGGAAGAUCAAGGUAGCUCUGUUUCUAGUUAUGUCUAUAAGUAAGACGAAUUUGUCUAUCUGCUGUUCGCUUGAGCAGUUCGGUCGGUCCGUCAGUCCUUCGGUCUGUCUGACGGUCGAUCAUUUGGUCGUUUACCUGUUCUUUUUGUGGGAGGUUCUUUCGAUCAGUCAGUCGGUCGCUAAGUCAGUUAGUCAAUAGGUAAGCUAGUUACUCAAUAAAGAAUCGAGCAAAAGAAGUAAUUAACUAUUCAAUACGAAGACAAAAUGGCUGGCCUCAAUAAGUCUAUAAAUUACUUUGGAUGAUGUAUGCUCUUCGUAACACUAACCCAUCGGCUUUUGAUCAUUUGUAGGCGGGACUUCAUCACUUGUGAUAUCUAACAGUACCUUUUCUAACAACGCUAAGUCUGGUAUUACCGUUGACAACUUGAUUUGUAAUUCUCGUAUCUCCCGGACAACGGUGAUAGGGAACAACUACAACGGACUCUACAUAACCAAGGCAACAGGUACUUUAGAAUUUACCGACGUCAAAUCAUCGAAAAACCAAGCGAAAGGAAUCGUAGUCGAUGCAGGAACUCUUUUGUUCCAAAUGUCCGACAGCCUUGUUGAAGAAAAUGGCGGUCAAGGAUUGCACAUCUUAAACCAGGUCAACUCCACAAUCAACAUUUACAAUACGCAAUUUGUUCGUAACAAUAACGGUGAAGGAGUUUAUUUACAGGCAUUUCGCUACUGCUAUGUUCGACUUCUGGAAGUACUGUCUCUUGGAAAUUCGCAGAAUGGGGCUCUGUUUACAAGAUUAUCCGAUACCAGAUUAAAUUUCAGCUCUUGUAAAUUUGAUGGAAACUCAAAUAUAGGAGUUUACGCUACCUACUUUUUUAGAGGAGGACUUAACUUGGAGAAGAUUUCUACCUCAAACAAUUACGGAUCUGGUUAUGCUUUCGAACUUGGGGAUACCAGCAUAAACAUAGAGUCUUCGUCUUCUUUUGGUAACGGCAAGGAUGGUUUUUACGUGGAAAAUCAAGGAGGAGAAGUUGUCUUAAAGGAUUUUAUUGCUGGUGGCAACAAACGACAAGGAUUGUGGUUUCUAGAUACCAAGUCAGCACGUCUUCGUUCAGUUCAUCUUCUAAACUGUAAUGUUUCAGGGAACAGUCAAUACGGUGUGCUGUUUUACCUCACGUAUAGAAUUGAUCAACGCCCGGAGAACUAUGUCAUUAAGGUUGCAAACUCCACAAUUUUCAACAAUUAUCUUGGUGGUUGUAUGCUCUAUCCUGCAGAUUGCGGUUGGGGAAACAAUCGGUGGCAAAGGAGCGUUCAACUUUUAUUCACUGGUAAUAAAGUAAAGGGAAACAAAAAGAAUGGUUUGGAUAUCUAUGGCCCAGAAUGGUACGUGUUAUCUGCUGUUUUGGCUGAUAACAUAUAUUACGAGAACAGUGGACUUGCUCUGAUAGUGAGACAUGGGCGAAGGUGUUCCUAUGAGAAUUCCUCACCCUUCAAUCUACAGGUUUCAUCGAACAUAUUUUUGAAGAAUAAAGGGGAGAACAUAUUUUUCGUUGAUUGCGAAACGUUACCCACAAAAUGCCGUGUCACCAUCAGAAACAACACGUUUCUAGACAAUCAAAGAAUCCGGCUGUUUUCCAGCAAUUACCUUCGUACCAAAACGCAGGCAGUUUUAGCUGUAAAAGGAGGCAAUGUUAGUAUAAAGUACAAUUCAUUUAUCAACCCUUUGUUCUCUCACGAAUUAGCAGCACUGCUUAAAGACCGUGAACACGUUCUUCUUACGGAAGAAAACUGGUGGGGAACAAGAGAUGAAUGCAAAAUAAAAGACCGAUUGUUUGACUUUGAAGAUCGAGUGGAACUUGCACAGAUCCAGUAUUAUCCAUUUUUAGAUUCCUACAAUUCUACCAGCCCUAAAUUACUCGAUGGUGUCAGACCUCUCUGUUUUCUUCGAGGCAACAACUUAGGAGGAACAUUAAAUCAUGUCCUCAAUAUUACAAACCCAAAUGAUGCCUACCGAGUUAUCAGUGACGUCACAAUAUUGUCUGACGGCGUUUUGUUUAUCGAAGGAAACAUCACUUUAGAAUUUCCAUUGAAGAGCGUUUUCCUAGUGCAAGGAAAGGUUAUUAUAAAAGGUAAUAAAAAAGAAAGGGUGAAGUUCCUUCCAAGGGGACCAUUGCUUCGGGACAUUAGACUCGUCGGAGGUCCCGCUCCGUGGGAAGGGGUGGUUGAGAUAUGGAUCAAUAGCACGUGGAUGCCAGUUUGUGUGCAUACCUAUGGACACGAAGAUGACAUAGUAUGCAGACAAUUGGGAUACGAACCGGUAAACUCUUAUUACCAUAACCCAAGUGGAAAAGAGAAAAUAUUCCUACAUAAUGUCAAAUGCGAUACAGAUCAAGGAGACAGCAUCACCAUUUGUAACAAAAGAAACUGGAUUUCAUCUUCAUCAUGCACGAGAAAUGUUUUGUAUGUCGGUUGCAAAAUUCCUUACUGGGCUGGCGUACAUCUCGCUGUGACUUCAAAGGAAAGCGUCUUAAGCAAUGUUGAGGUGCGAUAUGCAGGUUUUCCAUAUAGAGACGACCUGACUAUCCCCGGAAUCGCCUUCAGAGUGGACCUCCCACGUCACGUGAUCAGCGGUGUCUUUGUGAGUAAUUCUGCUUCCAUUGGUUUCCAGAUUAUGUAUCCAGACCCCUUAAAAGAUUCAAAUACAAUCGAGAAUUCAACGAUAGCUGAAACCGAGUCGGAUGGAGUACGUUUGGAGUCUCCAUUUAUUGAGUUCCUGAGUACAAAUGUCGUAAACACAAAAGGCUACGGAUUUUCGUAUCGUUACAACUGGAAUGCUCUCAACACACACGUGGUAAAAAUGGCAGAUGCGACCGUGAAGAAGUUUAUGGACAUAUGCACUGAAAGUGAAACAUUUAUUAGUGACUCUAGUGUGGUGUAUUAUCUGGUUGUGACAUUACGGAGCAGAGCAGCCUGCAAGGCCAUAAUUACCGUUCCUCCGAAAUAUACGAUAGGAUUGCAGCUAAUCUAUCACAAUGUACAUAGCAUAGCUUUCCACGUGUACAAUGGAACAAACAAGACAAAGGGCACUCUCUGGGAUAUCCAUAUGUUACAAUGGUAUAGCCGUCCUGCUUGGAUGACUGGCAAUAGCUCAAUCCUGCUGGAGAAAGGGUAUGGAUAUCCGGAUGAAGACGACACGGUGCAUUUUCUAUUGUUCCUCAUCAAAAGUAAGUUCAGCUAUUGUUUUAAACAUAUCAGGUUAAGCAACGAUCUCCGUUGGUAGACUGCAAUUUUUGCAAUUGAAAAAAUAAGCUUCAGGCUUCGAUGGGCUUUGAACCGUGCCUCCAGAUGCUAUUUGGACGCUGUGUGCAAAAGAUCCUUUAAGCCACACAGUUAGGGUUAUGCAAAUUCUACAGUUCUUCUUCCCCGUGGAAGAAUUUGACCACAAUUUUAGUGUAAUCAAAACUAUGAAAAAAUUCUCCAAGGUGACUGGUUGUCACCAGCCCAAUUUGGACACUUAUAGGACAGUGUAUGCGUCAUACUUAUAAUUGGACAGAGUGACAUGUGUAAGUGGACAGAUCGCGUCAUGUGCGCGCGCCGUUUUCUCGCAUUUCGCCGAGUUCACUUUGGUUUUUUUUAUGAAAAGGUAUAACCGAUGUCUUGGUCCUUCCUCAAAUUUUUUCAUAGUUUUAGUUGAUUGGUGACAGGACUUCGUGUCGUCCGAUUCUGUCUGUAAUCAUACUUGUGAUUAACAAAUCCUAUUACCUCUGUAAAGAGAAGUUUAAGGAAAUGAACUGUUUCAUUAGGAGAUCGAUCAUAUCGGUGGUGACAUUUCAAGAAAAAGUACUCCAUUAAUGGAUCCUUUGGUGAUUUUCAUUAUGUCAACAAAAGGACAUAAGUCAUCACUGAGGAUGAUGAUUCACCAUUUUGCUGUUUUAAAAACAUUUUUUUAAAAUUUUAUAAUGAUCUGAAUAAUCGAGUUUUGUUCUGUAUUAAUGUAUUUUGUGAGGCUGUCAAAUGCACCCCUUUACUCGUAAUGAGGUGGGCAGAGUUGCACUGCAAGGAUCGGAAUGCCUUUUUUGUGAUCAAAGGGCCUAAAGUUUAUUUAAUAACCACUUUCAUCACCUGAUUAUGUUAUGAAAUUAAUGAAAAGUUUUGAAUACUAAUUAAAAAGUCAGUUACUGAUCGCGAUCGAAGGAAAUUUCCCUUAAUUCUUUUUUUUCGCAGACAUGCUUUAUGUCAGAAAAAAGUUGUGCAAGGCUCUGAUUUGUGUUCAUAAACAAUUAUUUUUCUUUUCAACGAACAGGUGGUGGAAAGACGAAGAUCAGAUCACCAAACCUUGUUAUAUCCAAAAGCAAUUUCAGCCACAACAGUGAAGGUGGAAUUUUUUUGGGUGGAGAUAACGCAGGAAUAGUUGAAAUCCAAAAAACGGACGUACGAGAGUCACCCAAGAAUGGCUUAUCGACUGCAUUUUCCCACGUUAACAGCUUGAAGCUGCUGAAUUGCCACUUCGUUAGAAACAAGAUUGGAAUCAAGCUCUCUUCUUUUUCAGGUAACGUGAAUAUCGAGAACACCAAGACUUCUAACUCGACCGAAAAUGGACUAUAUGUGGACACGAACGGUGAAAAAACAAUCAAUAUUGAAAAUAGUGGUGUUUUCCAUAGCAAUGGAUAUGGGCUUUUUCUGGAUGGUAGCUAUACCAAAGUGAAACUUUCUGCAACCAAGAUAUUUUUUGGAUGGAAUAAGGCAUCUUCUGUUUAUUCGCGUAGUUAUUAUGGUUGCAAUUCGCCUUGUUCAUCUCACACUUCCUUCAUAAACUGUACAUUUUAUGCCAACCGAGGCCCUGUAAUAGACAUCAACGUGUCUCCACACUCUAAUCCAUGGCAAUUUGACGGUAACCUCUUCCUGAAUAACACUCAAGGUCCUGUUAUUUUGACUACGCGUUAUACGAAUAGAUACUACACCCCUGAAAUAUUUGUGAGAAACAAUAGUUUCUUGUUCAACUUUUGCCAAGAUAAAAGCGUCAUAGACAUAAUAGGAGGCACAAAAGUUCUGAUCAUAGAAGGAAACAUCUUUAAACAAAACCAUGGGAGAUCUGUCUAUAUAGAAAGAACCUCUCCUUCAGGUGCAACUAUAAGAAGUAACGUCUUCACAAACAACAGCUGCCUGAAUAGUGGAGUCAUUGAGAUUCAGAGGAUAAGUGAAGACAUCGCAAUUGUCGACAACAUCCUUAAAUCGAAUAAAGGGCAGUUUAUGGUUCUUCUCCAGUGCGAAUACGUUUUAGGAGUGAACACUGGCAUGAAGAAUGUAACGUUUUUGAACAAUUCGCUCCUGAACAACGUGGCUGUAUCAUCAAGUUCCCCAACCUGUGAGUUAGAAGUCUCUGGGUUUACUUUGGAAUGGAAUGGAAUGGAAUGGAGAGCAUUUUUCAUUAAUUUCAACAGAUUUAGCAGCCAGGACUUCUCAAAAGAACUUUGUGCAUACACCCAUGUUUCUUCGCAUAGCAGCACAUUGCAGGCUGCAUUAAACUUCUGGGGUUAUGAUGACGAGGAAAAAAUCAAGGAGAGAAUUUUUCAUGCUGAAGACGAGUACGAAUACGCAUUUGCUGUUUUUCGUCCUUACAUCAGUAAUGCAGGAAGCACAAUAAAGGGUUCAGAAGAAAAUACCACCUUUAACGCGCUCUCGAAAAGCUUUCUGGGAGGAAGGAUUUUAUCGAACGUUCUUCUAAGAAAAGAGAAAAGUCCCUAUACAGUUGUGUCCGAUGUCACUAUUCUGCCUGAAGCUUCUCUUUCAAUUGACCCUGGUGUUGAGAUGCAUUUUAAGCCAAGGGUCGGCAUGUUGGUUCUUGGUUCACUCUUUGUGGGCGGAAAUGUAGAUCAACCUGUUAAAUUUUCUCUUUCAAAAAGGACAAAAGGUGACGAUUCUCUUAAAAUUCGAUUAACCGGAGGCAAGUUCCCUUGGGAAGGACGUGUAGAGAUACUACACAACUGGAAUUGGACCUCACUGUGUUUCAAUGAGACACAGGACACGAAAACUAAUGACGCAAAACUGAUAUGUGAACACCUGGGCUAUAAAGCACCAUUGUCCAUAAAUCACUCCCAUCACAAUUCGUCCGGCCCUCGGGAUGCUUGUGCUGCUCUUCAUUGUAAAGGAAGUGAGUUGGAUUUAGCAGAAUGCUCUUUAUCUUUCCAAAACCAAAGCUGCAAUAUGUCGUAUCAUCUUGUGUUGAACUGUGGCGAAGGAAGGCCUUGGGGAAAUAUCAGAUUUCUUCGCGAAGCUAGGGACACCUCAAACCUUUCAACAUCAAGUUUACAACACCUAAGAAUUGAGCACUGUGGCGAGAAACAUGGCCAAAACGUGGCUGCCAUUGAAAUGAUUCAGUACGUUCCAAAAGUAAAUCAUGUGACUGUUCUUAACUGCACAUCAGGUGGUAUCAAGGUUUGGUUCCCAGAAAAAGAGGUGAUUAUAACGAACAGUUCCUUCCUGAAUACUGGAGGAAAUGGAAUUGAUUUUAUCAGUACCAAAAGCAAUGCAACACUUAAAAACGUCAAAUCAAUAAAAAACGAGUUUGGUCUGAGUUUUCAUGAAGCAUACGGUGAUUGGAUUGAUAUAUACGGGAAAGUUAAUCUGUGCUCCCCACAAAAAGUGGUGAAUGUCAUGGAUCACGAUGUAUUCGUUUACUUUAGGGCACCAUUCGUGUCUUUCUCAGAUCUAGAGGUAUCCUGCCAAAUAAAAGUUCAAACAGAGGCAAGUGCUGGUUUUGCUAUUCAGCUACUAGUCCUAAAAAAUGCAAGAUAUUUUCGGAUAGAACUGCCUAAUGGACAAGAAAUCUUCAGGUCUUAUGGUAGCAGCUCAGAUCUACUCUUAAAAAGAAAAUUGAUCAAGUGGGAUUCUUUUACAGUCACAUUUGAUGGAUCGUACAGUAGCAAAAUGCUUUUUCACAUCCGACGUGUUGAUAGCAAAGGUUAGUAGCUGGAACUUUUCAUCAUCAUCACCAUUAUUCUUAUUAUUAUUAUUCUUAUUCUUAUUAUUAUUAUUAUUAUUAUUAUUAUAAUCAUUAUCAUUAUUAUUAUUAUCACAAACAUUAUUACUAUCAUUAUCACUCUCAUUAUAAUUACUGUCGUUCUCUUUAUCGUUAUCGUCAGCGUUCGCUAUCGUUAACGUCAGCAUGUAAGUUAUCAUUAUCGUUAUCAAUUAUUGUCGUCAUCCUUAUCAUAGUCAAUGCUUUUUCUUUCUUUGCCUGUACAUAAAGCAAAGGCCGCACAGAGUUUGAAAAGAGGCGGGGGAAGUCCAACUUUGAAUCAGGAAACGUAGAUCUUUUUCGACUCUUUUUUUUCGCUCUAGAGUCAAAGUAAGCUAAAAGUUUCAAACAAGUUAAUUUUAGAUACCUCAAGUUGAGAAAAUUUGUGAAUUUCCAAGAACUUUGGUGUCAUACAAGUGGUAGGAAAAAACCAAUAGUCUGAAGAGGAUUGGGGAUUAGACUCCCCAGACCCCCGUUCUGGAUUUGCUAUUGUAACGUCUGCGCUUUGCUCAACAACUGUUCUGUAGCACGUAAGUGUAUUGUGAAUGGGUAGAGUGAGUCAAUACGAUAGGAUCUGACAACAAUUCUACCAAAUUUUCCUCAGAUAUUCCAUGCUCAUUUGACCGUGGAUUUUGUGGCUGGAGGCGUUAUCCCAUAUCACAUUUUAAAGGAAUUGCCUUGAGAAAGAAAUGGUAUUAUGGAGACACGUUAUAUGGUUAUGACCACACCUAUUCAGGCAAUGGUGAGUCGUGAAGUAAUAUAAGAUUAAAUUUUAAAGAUUUUUAGAAAGGACAUUCGCAUGAGCUCAUCUCUCAGUUUAGUUUUGAUCUAUCUUAUGAGCAGAUAUGAGCUGGCUUUGGUUACACCUCGAUUGUUUUACGAAGUAGUAAGUUAGGUGGAAGGGCUGGGAUCUCCUUCCAUCGACAAAACGUUUUCCCUCCGGGCGCUUUUGUGGAUAGGGUUCUUCCAGUCAAAAACUUAGAAAUGGAUUACAGGACUGUGGGUGACUCAGUGAAACGUUCUACCUUAUCGAGUGAAUUGGAAGUUCUUGAGAGCGACUUUUCGUAAGGGACAAAAGAUCGUUAAAGGAAAUCAGAACAGCAGCCAAAGUAAAAUUGGGACUAGAAGUUUUUCGAGAUCAGCACCCUUCCUUUAUCAUUAAUAAAGGAACACUUCAGACGACCCAAUGAUAAAAUUAGAAUCGGGAAAAAGAAUGCAGAGAAGUUGUUAAAGAACUCGAACAAAACCUACUGGGAGUAUCUCAACGAGCUAGAGAAGUAAUCGCCAAAGAAUAAAUAUUGAAGGAACAAAGUCAGGGAGUGGACAUUCAGCUAAUUUGGAGGCAAUCGAUCAAACAACUAAACGGUAGAAUGACAAAGAGAGAAGGCUGGAACUGUGCCAAUGUCGGAAAAUCGUUGAUCGCCUGAUAACAUUGUUACCUCAGGAAUUCAAACUACUCCACCAUUAUCUUUCUCAUCAAAGUCGUGUACGUUGAUAUGUUGAUCUCUGAGCUCUACUUUUCAACUUCUAGUACUCUCAUACGAUUGGCUGAGAGGAGAAAUCGUGAAACUGUGUCAAUUUCAAUGUUGUGAUCAAAAAGAGAAUUUCGUAUAAACUAUGGCACAGGACUUGAACUUUCGAAAAUCUUGUUGAUCUUGUCUCAUCUGGAAGGGGAAUAGUCCUGUGCAAUUUCAGCUGAAGUGAUGAUGAGCGCUUACAUUGUAAGAGAAGCACGAGAUUUUUCGGCUCUCCCCAUGUUUUUCUGUAGACAAUUUAAAGUUUUGAAACUAAACCUUAAAGGUGCCAUAUAUUUUCACCGUCUCAAAUUUUAUCAGAUAUUUGAUAGCGAAUCGCAGCCCCUGUCUCUAAGAGUAUCCAUGCUUAAAGUGCCAUUGUUAAAACAGCAACAAAUGCAAUUAUCUGUCAAAGACAUAAUCAAAUUUUGUAUUUGAUUUAUAUCUUACGCAGGGGGAGUACUACAUCUUUGGCAACACUGGUUUUCUGGUUAUGCUGCCUUUACCAGCCCAUCAAUUUCCAGCGACAAAAAUUAUUGUUACUUGGUGUUCUACUUCAGGCGAUUUGACCGCAACUCCAAGUCAUUAGCAUCGCUAUCCAUUUUUCUUAUAGAAGACAUUAGUGAUAAUUCGACCUUGCUCUUUUCCAUGAGCGAUUACGUGACUCACUGGAAAAAGAUAGUGAUUGAGCUACCCUACACUGACGCCAGUUACUCCAUUGUGAUAUUGGGAUAUGAAGAGGCGUGGGCCGAUAUUGAAAUCGAUGACCUGGCCUUCGUCAGUUGUGAUUCAUGUAAGUUGUGAUAUAUUUCAAAUUGACAAAUACAUUACAGGUAAACUGUACAUUAGCAAAUGAAAUCCUCAGUGUUUCAUGAAAAACAUAGUGAUCAAAGAAAUGACACCGUAACAGCUAAAUAAUUGCCUCCUUAAGUCUUAUUCGUCAACAAGAAAGUGUUGGGGAACUUUUUAAUUAGUGAACGUUGAUAUACAUGUCACCGUGCGUGAGUUUUUAAAAACACCCCAGCUUUUGACAAAAAUGGUUCUUUGGUCGGCCAGGUAUCCAGCUAGGGUCGUGUAUGCUAGGUGUUCGAGAAAUUGGGGGACACUUAUCUUCCCUCAGGUGAGGAAUUGUUUCCCAUAGGUGAUGUUGACGUUGUGUGGUUAACUUCUAUGUAAAAGAGGGUCAUUCGUUGAUGUCUCUCUUAUAAAGUUAGUCGACAUUUCCAAUUCUUGAACAAAAAAAUUUCAUCUGGUCUUGGAGAAGAUAAAUGUGGCCAGGAAAUUAAAUACUGAAAGUAGGAUAACCUUCUCUGAAGUUUGUUUGCUUUGAGUUGUACGAAAAAAAAGAGGUAAAUUUCAUUUUCUUAACAGCUGCUACUGCUGUACACCAGGUAACCGGAAGUGUUUUUAGUGAUAACAAGAAACAAGGUAUACAUUACACGAUGACUCAAAGUGAAAGACAUAUUUUCAAAGUAGAACGUUGUCAGGUAACAAACAAUGGUCUAAAUCCAGUCCUUAGAGGAAGCCUACCAGGAGCGAUUCACCUCAAUGCUUUUGAGCAAGUAUUUGAAAUAGUCAAUAACUACAUUGCUGGAAAUAACAAUGGAGGUAUUUAUUCCAAGAUACUCAAUGAAUUGUCCACGACAAGACCACGGGUCAGCCAUAUCCAUGCAAACACCAUAGAGUACAACAAAGGAGGCACAUUACACGUAGAGGGAGUUUCUGGGCCCUAUAUGAAUGUUAACGUGAGCAAUAACUAUUUUUCUCGAAACUUGGCACGAGAUUUGGAUGGCAAAGCCGAUAGCGUUUGUGUCAUAACAAAGUUAUGGGCGAUUGUUCAAGGAAAUUUCUUUUAUAGCAACGUCGGUCACUACGUUUUGCUGUAUGAUAAUUCUCAAACAAGUACUGUCGGUCUUCGAUUUGUAAAUAAUACAUUGUACAAGAACGGUGCAAGGGGGCUCGAUGUUAACUACGGAGCGACUAUUCUGUGCAAUGGAACAGCAGAAAUUCAUGGAAACGUUUUGCAGAAUCCUGACAACCGUUAUCAAUUCAGUACCACAAUGAGAGGGAGUCCAAUCACAGUAAACGCGACUUUAAAUUGGUGGGGAGAGAAUGUACCAAAUCUGAUUUCUUCUCUGAUCAUGGAUAGGACAACGGAUUAUCGACUGUCCAUAACAAUUGUGUUCCGGCCGUUCGUCAAGCUACAACCUCAAAGAGCUUUAUCAGGUCAAUAUUUUUGGGACUUUCUAGGUCCAAGUCUAUCUUUCAUGUUGUUUUAAUGUCUCACGUUUCUACCUUAGAAUGAACAUCUUUUUAUCAAAAUACUGCUCAGCUACUUAAAACAUCAAUUCUCUCUCAAAAUGUUUUAAACUGUCAACUCUUUUCUCAAGUUAAUCGAAAUUAACCGUAUUUUGUUUAGUGCUUUUUGUUUUUUUUUUUUAUCAAUUUAUCAUACUUUAUAAUACAAAACAGUUUAUCAAUUUUCAGCUCAUCAGUUUUUUAUCUCAUCAAUUUUCUUCUUAGUAUCUUGCCCGCCUGAAUGGAUUAAAGACGAUGAGAUGUGUUACAUGUACAAAGGAGGCUCCUUCACUUUCACUGAUGCCGAGAAAUAUUGUGGGGUAAGCGCGGUUGACACUGACACUCUAUUUAUGUCUUUUUUUCUUGUAUUUUGGCUGUGGUUUUUCUUUUUUUAUAUAUUUAUUUCUCUUUACUCCACUCUACUUUUCUCUAUCUUGUUUCCAUUUGUGGGAGACUAAACGAAAUGAAUUUUGAGGAUAAAAGGAAUACACAAGGGGGCAAGGAAAUUAAGCUUGGGGGCGACUUCACCGUGCGUGAUAUGGGGGGCUGCUUCGCUUCCUCUCCUAGUCCCUCGGCUUCGCCUUCCUCGAACUGUAUUUUGUUCCUUUUUUAGAAAAGUGCUAUACGCUCGCUCAGCGUGCUAUUAUACUUUCAUUUGUAGAGUUAUGGUGGAAAUCUCGUCACCAUGCUCUCAAACGAAGACAAACGACUCAUAAAGCAUCUUCGACAGAAAGAAUCCUUGGUUCAUUCAGGCGUGUUGCCUUCCCUGUGGACCAUAAGCAGGCGCUUUUUGAGAGAGGUGAGGAAACAUCAAGCUCGAUAUUUAGUUUCUUGUAAUACUUUUAAACUGUUAUUCCCGCAAAUCAAACUCUCUGCGGUUUUGUUUUGGUGUCAAAACAUCUUCCUGUUCAAAGCAUAAAACCUAUUCGCCAUUUUGGCUCCUUCGAAAAGGUUGGGAUGGCACUUCGUAAUUUCUCAUGCAACAAAAUAUUUUUUACGCUGAAAUUUUCUUACCAUAAGUGCAGGGUAAUUUUUCUCCGACAAUAGAGAAACAAAAUAAUUUACUUCCUCAACUGUUAAGGUUCAUUUAAGGCACAAUGAUGAGACCUUCCACCAUUUUUGUGUAUCCAUCUAUUUGUCUCAUUUACUCAUUUUGUGUGCCUAUGUUCUUUUUUUCUUGAAUUUUCUUCACGACAAAAAAAUAAAAUAAUAAUUAUGAUGUACAAGAGGGAAUAGCAGUGAACAUUCGAGACAAUUAUCUUAUCAUUUUUCUUUACUGCAGUCCCACAGCGGAUAUGAUCAGAAAAAUAAAGUAUGUCCUGUUGUGGCUGCCACCGGAAAUAUUUCACAAGUUCAUUGUGAUGAAUUUCUUCCUUUUGUCUGCGUGAGGAGGCCAGGUAAAUCACACUCAAUAUCAUAAUUGGUAAAUGAAUUCUUUCGUUGUAUGAAAUGAUCAUGCUAGAUGAAUAUCGAUACGAAAUCAUUGGACCACAUCACCUGACAAAAAUAAGUAGUAAGCUUGUCGAAAUGCAGCAAUCCCCAAUUGAUAGCUUGACUGUUCAUCUGCAUGUACUAGUGACUCUACAUUGAAGGACAAAACCAUCAAACUUUCAUCAUCAUAGCUGCGAUGAGCAACAAUGCUAUUAUUAUCAUUACCAUUGAGGCGCACUCUGUCGAUAAUAUUGCCUCCUAUAACGCGCUAUAUUAUCAUUGUAAUUGUUACUAUCAUAACGAGAUAAGCACUUCUGUGCAUAGCACCACGCCUCACAGAAGCAUGUUUGAUAUGCAGAGUCUAUAACGUGUAUUUCCUCCGGUAGAUUAAAUAAUAGGAUAUCCAUUUACGUUAAAUAUUUCUGUAAGUAUUGAAUUGCUGUAAAAACCGAGGGGAACGGAGGAUUUCCAUUCAGCCCCCUCCCCUCCCGUGCCCUGUACACCAUGUCUUAGGGAUAUGCUUACUACCUAUGAAGGAAGCAGGUACCAACUGGAUAAACUUCUUUUUGGCUUCAUAGUUAUCCACUGCCCGAACAGCUGUUUCCAUAAUGGGGACUGUAUAGGUGCUACGUGUUUCUGUUAUCCCGGAUGGACUGGAGAAGACUGUUCCAAGUUUCACUGCCAUGACUUGCAUAACUGUUCUGGUAAAGGUGAAUGCAUGGGUCCCAAUGUCUGCAAAUGCUACCCCGGAUAUUUAGUAAGUGGCAUUUCUAUUCAAUUCCAUGAUAGCUCAUUACUGUGUUGACUGUAGCAAGUUUGAUACCUAGCUAACAGGGCCACUUUUAAAAAACUGGAAUCAGCCUUGGCUGGAUAGAAACUAGAUUUGUGUGGCUGGUUCUGUGUGUGGGUGAUUUAGUGCGCUCUCAGAAAAUUAUCAAGAGUGUUAAUCUUUAUCUCUUAGAAAUCAGAUCUCAAGCGUCUUUAUGAUUUAUGUAAUGUUCAUCUUCACCUUCUAAAACUCGUACGAAAACUUAUCUUAAAGCGCGUUUUGAUGUUCUGCGGAAAAUCUUCUCUCGUCUUACACAAUUUGACAAUGGAUACCAUCAUUUUGAAACAACUUUGUCAGGCAGUCGCUUACGUGUGAUCAUAAGACGAAUUUAAGAAAAGGUGAUGGUUUCGUAAAAAUCUCUUCUUUCACUGCCCCUACUUUAUUUAGACAGAUCACCAACAGAUGGAAGAAGGAGAAGUGAGAUCGUCCAUAACAUUAAUGAACACAAGCAUUUUGGUUGAGCUUCCAGCACAUUUGAACACAAUUUUGGAAACGCUAGGUUAAUUUUGGAAAUUUAGUCGCCACUUAGGACUCUAAAAAUGUCUUUAGCAUCCUAGUCUGAUCAAAAGGACACCAGUAGUUGUGCUUUCAUUAAUUUUCAACCAUUGUGCUCGAGACCCAUUGGCUCUGUCUCUGAUCGCACGAGAACAGUAGUAAUUAUCUUUGCUAACGCAGCCUAAUGCAGGAAAGUUCACGGAUGUUUCUGCAGGGUCAUGGCUGCACUUACUCCUUCUGUGGAAAGUACGAAAGUUGUGCUGAUUGCGUGACAGACCCAUUUUGUGGAUGGUGUGACAGUUCACGCUCCUGCCUCGGAGGUUUUGCUGCGGGGCCUCCAGGAAUAAGUUGUCCCGCUUGGUUUUACUACCACUGUUAUACAAUAGGAGACGAACGUUGUUCACGAGAUAUAAUGGUAGGUGAAGAGGAUAAAAAUAAUUCGUGGUGUGAACACAUCAACACUAUGCUAUACUCAUAGCGGGGCGGUACUAGCGUGUGUUGCUUAUCAGCUGGUUAGAUAUUUAUUUCCGGAUUAUCUUUUGCUUGUUUCUUUGGUUUUUGUUUUAUGCUGCGCUGUUUUACUCAUUUUAAUUAUUACUAUCUUAAAUCUAGCGGCCCCUGACUAUCAGAGCACUCUCCGCUUCAAACACAAAGCAAACAAAGAGUAGUUUUACCUGGAUUGCGCAUCGGUAUAUGCUCAUAACUCUCUGUGUUUUGUUGGGUUUUCCUACCAGUUUACCGAUAUCCAUUUGUGCUGCUACGCGCAGAAGGACACCGUGAAAUUGCUUUGCCCAAGAAAACCAAACAAAACGUAUGCGCUGCCAAUGCACCAAAGUCUUUGGGCACGAUGAUUGGUAGAAUAGCUCAAAAUACUACUUUACUCAAUGUUCCAUGCUUAUCGUCACACGAUAAGUGUUUUUCACAUAUUUUCUUAAACAGAGAGUGAAUUGUAGAGGUAGGUAUUGCAACUUCAAAGAUGGAGGAGCAACCACUGAAUCCUGUCAAAAAUGCAGCGAUCUCGAAAGAUGUCAUAAAAUCACAGUAAGAUCUUUAUCUUUUUUUCUGUUGCUUAUCGUUGCUUAUUAAAUUUAGUGACAGUUUAAGGUAGUCUUCAUGAGCAAAAACUGAGUUGAAAGUAAUGGUAGAUAUAUCUAAGUGUAAAUAGCAACUAACAAUAGGUUGUAGCAAAUUCUGUUGAUAGAACUAGAUAAUCUAACUUGUAGUAGCAUUGCCAGUAAGUGAGAAAAUUAAGCAUGAAACACUUUGUUUGGAAUAAAAUAAUAAUAUAUGACCUCUGGGAGUAUAUUUGGUUAGAAAUCUCCACAGCUCUACCUCAUACUAAUUGCCAACUGCACCGCGCCAUCCACGCCCUUCCCCCCUCUUUCCUUAACCUAAGGUCUGGAUCCACCACUGCGAAGGUAGUAUUAAUAUAUUACCUAUUAAACCUCAUAACAGGAAGACAACCAGUGCAGGUCGUGGAAUGAGACUAAGUGUCCAGGCGGGAAAAUUAAAGUGAAUUAUACAGAUCCUCAAAGGAGAAAUAAUGUGGAGUUUGCUAAAAACGUGAAGUUUGUGGAGCCUAACGAGACUCUCGUUUACGCGUGUCCAGUGAUUUUGCCAAAUCAAGAGAGGGUGUCGCUAGUUUUAGUUGCACCAAAAGUCCUGAAAGUUCAAAAGGGUGACAUACUGUGUAGUCCUCAGGCAGGAGGUAUUAUGCAUAAGAUUGUCAAAGAAAUCAGCGAUGGUGAGUGUAAUGACUAUAAAUGUCUGUCACAACCUUUACAAAGUCCUCGAUCAUUUAAAUACUUGAGAAGGUGUGGUUUUUAAAAAAGCUCUGCGUUAAUAAUUCUUUAAAGGGGCAUGAGCGAAAUUAGUCGUCAGUACGGUAAUGGCUGACAUAGGCUUGCUACUAAGUGUCAGCGGAAAAUUUUUCCCAAUUAUUUUCCAAGAACUGUACGUCAUGUAAAUACUAAAUGUAAGAUAAGCCAUCUGGUUACCGUUGUGAAUUGUUUGAGAUCUUACCGGACUGCAUCUUGUUUUAAGUACAAUUAAUAGCGAAGGCAUCUCUAAAACAUACCUAAUUGCGUUCAAUGUUCAAAUUUAUUAUUGUUUCGAAAGGUCCUUUUCAACUGAUGUUGAGCGCCCCAGCAGGGUUAGAAGAGAUUAUCAAGUAUGCGGACUUUAAAGACAAAGUCACUGCAGUGCAAGUAGACGACGACUCGACGUUUGAGGAUGAGCCUAAUCAAGAUGACCUGCGGGACGUUAUUACAGGCAACAUUACGUUAGAUGAGGGUCGGGUAAUUGCGCUUAAAAAUGGUAGGUAAACAUUUUUGUAUCAACCAGCUUAACAUUUCGUAAAUGACUGAGGAUCAUUUAGUUAUAUCUACGAUUUAAUGCGUGCAUAACUCCUCAUAAGUGCAUGAAAGACAAACAAGGGAGCAAAUAAGCACAGAUACGAUGAAGAGACUAACAGACCAUCAGGACCUGUAAGAUAUUUUUGUUUCGAAAAGUCAUACUAAACUCACAAAAAUUCAAACAGAUUUGUUAAUCAUCAUUUUUAGGGAUAUACAAGUGCCUUGGUCACACAUAUGACACUAGAAAAAUCACUGUCCACUCGUUUUACCUGGUAAUAGAAAAGAACAAUACCAUCCCAAAGAAAGGUGACAUAGUUGUGUCCAAUACCAGUGAUGGUUUCAUCGAGACUAUUGUUAAAGUUCAUAGAACGAACAACACCGAUUACUUGGAAACGAAAUUUCAGAGAUGUGAAGCAAACUCUCAUUGGAAAGGCACAAGGUAUUGAUGUUAAUGAUGAGGCCUUGUUUUAAUAUCAGGCGGGUCCAAGUUGAGACGAUGGCAUAUUUGCACCAGUAUAAUUGGGGCGUGAGACAUUUGACAGCGAAAAAUAUCACCUUCUUUCUCCAAACGCAACGAUUUCUCGUAAACUUCAUUUAGAAAGCUGUUCACUAAUGGCCAUAUUGGCAUUGUUAUUCAGGAGUGACAUUUUUGCUUUGGUGAAAAGUGCACACAUCUAUACUUAUUAAGUAAACAUGUAUUUUAUUAACUGUUCAUGGACUUUUUAGAUAGAUGAAUGACUUUAUGGGGCUGGCUAGCCUUGGCAUGAUUACUGGUGACUCAGUAAUUUACUUAUCGGACAACAAAAAGAUAAAUUUUGAGCAACAAAAGUCCCAAAUGAUUGACCGAAGGCAAUCCAGCUGGCUACUAGGAAGCAUGACCGAAAAGCCGAACUUGUUCGAAACCACUUCUUCCCACCACAUUUUCUUUUUAAAGUAUUGUCAAUAGAACUAAAAUCUAUCUACAAUUGUUGUGUAUGAAUUUCGAUCGAGCCGUUGACUAAGCUGUUAAAGUGUAAGGGAUUCUACCCUGAAAUCCAGGGCCUUGGAUGCCAGGCUCGACUACUCCUUACGUUUUCGUUUGAGUUAAUAUACUUUUACUUGCUCCCAGACUACAGGAAAGUGAGAAAAGGCUUUCUGGGUCAGUAUCCUGUAGCGGAGGGGAUAACAACGAAGGCCUUGUUCUGUCAAAACCAGAGGAUGGAAGUCGGCAGUUUUUUGUCAAUGACUCAAUUAUUGGAAGACCUAGUAAAGCCUUCAUUGCAAAGGUAAUGUUCGUUUAAGGUCCGAGUUAGAUUAACAAAUCAAAGCACGAGCAUCUUAAGUAAGAAAAAUGGAGGGAUCACUGAAUACUUACCAAGAGAUAGCGUGGUCGGUUGCAAAGAGUGCUUCUCUUUAUGCUUCCAUAAAAUUCAUGAUCCGAGAUUUUUUGGGUGUGUUCAUACCAGCUUGAAUUCGAGCUAGAUGAAGCUGUAUUUGUUGACCUGUGUCUUUUUUUUUAUUGUUGUCAUUUUUUUAUCAGCUGGUUUUGCAUAUGGUUAUUAUCUGAGCUAACUCCAUCAUCUCACACCUCAGGUUGUAGAAGUCUACUCCAGCGGAAAUUUUCUUCUGGUGGAAGUAAUUUCUGCCAAAUUGGACGGAAAUGGAACCAUUACUACAGCUGUAGAUAUAAACAUACUGAAAAGUCAUAACAGACGAAGCAGGCGGUCGACAAGAUAUGAUUUCGAAUUAGCAAGUUUUAAACCCGACGGAAUACAUCACAAGGUAGAGCUUCUUUUUAAUAGUUCUGCAAAAGUAUUGUAAACAAACCGAGAAUUAGGUAAAUGCUAUGUUAAAUUUGCUCUCUGAUAUCUAUCUAAAUCUUCUCAGUUUCUCCCAAGAAUUAUGUCCUUUAAAAUUUUCAUUUUCCUCAGUUGCUGUCAACGGAAAGCGCCAAGCUACAAGUCUCUUUGGAUAUGUUUUUCGAACUGACUAUGUUUCUUGAGAUAGAACCGAAGUGGUUAGGCGGAAUAGAGGAUGCGGCUGUUGGUCUGGAGUUAAAGGGAGAGUUAGAUUUCUCUCUGACAUUUAAUGUUGAUGGGGAGUUGAGGUAAGCAAUUUUAAUUUAACCUCAAGAUUUCUCGAAAUUAUUCUUUCGGCAAAAGAAAAAAAUAAUGGAAAAUGAAAUCUGAGCAACUGACGUUGUUAUGGUGGACAGCUUUUUCGUUCUUUUCUGCGAUAAGGCCAACAUUUUCCUUUUAAAUCGAUUCUUGUCUGAUUUUGCGGUCCAGUACGAUCAGCUUACGAGCAAAGGACGACUUAGUUGAUAGGGAUUAAUUAAUCAUCUUUUUUAUGUUUGUCUACAGAUAUAACAAACGCCUAAACAUCAUGAAAGGAAAACAGCUCGGUCGUUCAAUUUACAUUCCCGUUGGGCCAAUUAAAAUCCCUGCCGGUAUCUUCUUGGAAAUAUCAGGAGAUGCAUCUGCUGGAUUAUCUGUAAGUUGGCGAUGCGAUUCACCAACGUUUCAGUUCAACCACUGACCUUGAAAAUGUCACAGCUCUCUCAUUUAAGAUCUAUUAUUUGAAAUGAUUGUACGCUGUCAUGAAACACUUCAAUGAGUUAACACAAGCACUUGUAUUUCCUCUAUUACCAACUCAGUCUGUGAUCAAGACAGCAAACCACUCAGUCAGUCAGCUAUUCAGUUUUACAAUUUGUUGGUUGGUUAGUGCGAAAUCAGCGAUGGGACGUAAUGAUUGCAUGCUACCUGUAUUAGUUGUCUCGGCGAGAUCAAGGACGACCAAAACACGAACCUGGCCCAGGAAGACAACAAAGAUUCAAUAAGUACAGUACUGUGGCCAAGAAGCUCGCAGCGGCAAUUUAUGCUUUCGAGUAGUUAAGGAAAAUAUCGUCUAUAUACAAAGAGGUUUAAUUAGCUCACUGUCUUUUACCCUAGGGAAAAGUUUCUCGUUCAUUAUCAGUCAAUGGAGGGGUAUCUCUUGGAGGUGAAUGCCGUUGGAGCCGUGAUAGUUGCUACAAAACUGCUGAUACUGUAAGGGAAGAAAAAAUACACAGUAAUUUUUCAUUUAUUGAUCAUUCAAGCAUUAGAUAUACUUUAUAAACCUCUUGCCGAUAGACUGGUCUCUACCUGUUGACAAAAUGGCUGCUUGUACCUCUUGCUCCGUGUCAAGGAUUGCAAUACUGCCACUUUUUCACAAAGUUGUUCCAAAAUUAUGUGAUAUCUGAGCUUUUCCGCGAUUAGCACCGUCAUACUUCCGUGGGAUUUUAUUUUACCAUGACUUCAAUCAAGUCAAAACUUAUUUGGAUGAUGUCUUUAAAUAUUCGUCUUCUUAAGCCUCUUCUUGUUAAUUAUCCUCAUGCUAAGAAGAUGGAGGCCUACCGUUUUCGCUUUGCAUUUAGGAUAGAAAGGGUCUUUUUUUCUUUCGGAGUGGAAGCAUCAAAUCAAAGCGAAAAUCGAACGCCUCGUCACUGUAACUCCGUAAGUGAGCGCCAACAAGCCUGAGCAACGACGACUAGAUCUUUGAAAUUCUUCGUUCUUUAUUUGACCUUGUUCUCCUCCUCAACAUCAGCUACUCGUUCUCCUCUCCUUCUUCCUCUCCUCUUAUAUUUGUUCUUUUUUUCUCGAAUUGAGAUCACAUUUCAUCCAUUUUUGACAUAUUACUAAUAUAGGUUACUCUUCGCAAAGACUGGAGUAGCCCAGAUCCGCAAUUGGAAGCUGGAGCGUUCGUCAGGAUUACAGUGACACCCAAAAUCUCAGUGAAACUGCCAGCGUCUCCAAAAUCGCAAUCAAAGGCAAUCAAGUCAUCCUUUUUUAGUUUUUUCGACGAUUUAGGUGAGAUCAAUCAAACAAUUCUUUCGUGCGGCCUACUUCAAUCCAAUUUUAACCAAAGUCCCUGAUUUAUUAGUUUAGGUAAAGUUUACAUCAGGUAAGGUGCAGAUAGGAGAUAUUUGCAUUCGAAUUUUUGCCUUGCAUAUUGGACGCAAAACGCUCUCGCCCCACAUCAACUCAUUGAGUUGAAAUUGCGCCUAAUACAGGCGCUAAUGCGACUGAAUUUUUCACUUUGGCGACCAAAUCCUGAAAAUCAGUCGCGAAAUUGGCGACUGGAAUGUUUCAUCAUAACCUUACUAAGAGAUAAAGUGAAUUAAAAAGAUUUGCAAAGAUAAAUCCGCGGCAAACUUCCUUGGUAAAUUUGUUUCCAAAACGCAGCACAUGCAUCUCGAUCGAUAACUAGACGCCAUCUUGGAUUUAUAUGAGCUUGAAAGUUGUAUAUCAUCCAUCCUAGUGUCCAAUUUGUAGUACGUUAAAGAUCUUUUCCCUAACUUAAUUUUGGAGAGUCUAUUUGAAAGCCGACAGCGUUAAAAAAGGUUUUGUUUGUCUUUGAAAAUGGCGACCAAUUUUUUUUUAUAUUGGUUACCACUUUGAAGAAUUUAAGAGCCCAGUGGCUAUCAGAAAAAAUUAAUUUCACGCCCUGAUUGAUCAAAUUUUUUCUUAAGAACCAUCGGCUUUCAAACCUUCGUUAGACCAAUCACAAGGCGAACUAAAGCAAAAUCGAUGCAAUCUCGGAAUACCUUAUUUGGACAUUGCUAUAUUUCCAAUACUAUAGUUACCUCAAGCAUACGUUCUAGUCUUAUAAUAGGGUUUAAUCAUAAACUAUUCCUCCAAUGUUAUUGGUGCAUUUGCAGCUUCAUUUUUCACUAAUCAUUCUGAACAGUUGUAAUCGGAUAGUGCAAUCGGAGAGUUGGCUGUAACUGCACACCUGUAAUCGGACAUUUAAAGCAGUCAAUCAUACAAGGUCCACUCAGCUUAAUCCACCAAUCACAACAUUGAUCGCAAUAACCACUUAUCCAAAAACAAAAUGCAGGGGAAUUUCCAAAAUGGGGGAAUACUAGAGACGUCUCCACCGGAGAUAUUUGUUCUAGGUGUAUGUGUUUUUUUCGGAAAUUGAAAUGGUUGUGAUUAAUUGAUGACAGGACUUUUUGUCGUCCAAUUCUGUCUGUAAUACUCGUGAUUAACAAAUAGGACUCCCGCUUUGCGGUCGUCCGAGUUUGUCAAUCACUUGGUCCUAUUACCAUUAUUAAUUAAGAUAAUUUUGUUUCAGUUGAAGCUGGUUUUGAGUAUGUGGACCUUUCCAUGGCGGUAUUUGUGAGCGUACCACUAGAAGCUGGUCUGGCCAUACGGCUUCCUACGUCUCAAUGCAGUGGGAACAAACCUGCUGAAUUGGAAAGCUUCUACGGAAUUUCCGAUGUACAUCUCGGUGUCUCAGUUGGAUUUCUUAAAAAACAUUUGACGCUUGAUCUUUCUUUGGGAUAUUCUAAGAGUAAACGCUAUCGGUAAAAAAACUCAACAUUUUAUACAAACAACUUGACUCCUGACGUAUAGAAUAGUGACACAAAGAAGUAAUUAUUAUUCACUCACUUUUUCUAAUGAAACCAACUGCCUAAAAUGCACGAGCAAAAGGAGGCUAUAAAUGAGAAAAAUGAUAUCCGUACCCCUAAAAAUGUAAUGCAAAUGCUAAUGAAUGAAGUACGAUCUUCCCUAGACUAUGGAGGUAAAAGAAACAAUUAUUCUAAAGAGAACAUCAUUGUCCUUGUUCUUUUCGCAUAAAGAAAUACAUAAAAAAAAAUGUUUGGAAAACAGAAACAACAAUAAUGAUAAAGUGAAUUAAGAAAAUUCUGUGAUACUUCCUAGUUUUAAGAAAGAAACUUAGACGCCUUUCUCUCUUUAUCGGCAAGAGAGCGCAUGAACAUAAAUAGGUAGAUAAGUGAGUAGAUAAGAAAACGGACCAUAUAAAGAUAAUUGAAUGGCGGACAUGACUUCCGUUUUUAUUAAACUAUUUCAUCAAUAUUUUACUGUUCUUUCCUAGGGAUUGUAUAUGUCCAGUUAAAAGUGAGAGAGUAAGUUAUUAUAACUAAAACUUAUAUGAAUUAAUGCCAUCUUUUAGUAGUUAACCUUUCCAUUCUAUUCCGUCUGACUUUUUUCCUUUGUGGUAAGCGUCCUUCAUCUACAGCGUUAUUUUAUUAGUUUUAAAUAUAAUUUCCAUCUUUUUUGUGACAGUUAUGUGUGGGACCUCCACCACCGCAACCUCCACCACCUGUGGAUGGCAAUCCAACACCUGGUCCUCCUCCGAAAAAUAAUAAAGGAAAUAAACCACCUCCAAGUGGGUAAGAAUGUUGAUUAUUCUUUCACUUCAUGUGCUGAAACGGUCAUGUCACUUCAAAAGAGAUUCGUUGAAGCUUUGCGCAAGGUAGAAUUAGUUCGAAGAAUAUUGCAGCAACAAUACAACUGACUGAUUGACUAGCUGGCAGACUAAAUAACUAAGCCACCAGUUGAAUGACUUACUGACCGACUGACCGAAUGGCCGAAGGAUGAAUUCAUGGAUUCAUUAUUCAUUUACUUUCUCGGAAACAGCAAGACCGGAAAAUUUCAAUGUGGAAAAGGACCUAUCUGUUCUGGGAAACGAACGGGCUCUGACUGCGAUCAGCCACAUAGAGGGCUUCUUCAGAGUAUGUAACAAUAAAUGGACCUGCAAAUUGUGAACUUAAUUGCAGUAACGUCAUUAUAGAAAAAGCAAAAAGAAACAAAGAAAAAGCCGAAUUCAAAUCAAUUGGCAUAUAGCGUAAUCAUAUGUCAUCGGCAUUAAAAUUUGAUUAUUGACAAUAAUUACUCAGCAGGGCCCAGUUGUCUCGAAAGCCGAGUAGCGCUGACCCAGGCUUAAAUUUCAAUCCAGGUUACUUUAUUUCUUUGUUCAAAAGCCUUUCAAGGGAAUUUUUCCCUAUUAUUUUUUGAACAUCCAAUGAUCAAAUUGCAAGCAGAAUGAUCUGAAUUAACUUUCCUUUUGAAGAAUGGCUGCCUUGCGUUUUGUCAAUGUUUUCGAGAAGGCGAUAAGCGGGAUGAAAGUGAAUUAAAUUGCGAAGAGAACAAAACAUGCUAUUGAGUUUGGCGGAGGAGUUUUUUAAAAGAAGAAUAUAGAUCUCGUUUUUCUUGGAAUCACUUGAAAUUUCUAUAACAACUACAUCUGAAAUUUUCAAGAAGUUGGAAGACCUUCUAGGUUGAAAUUUUGAGAAAAUUGUUCAGCUGACGUGCGAACAGCUACAGGGUAUUUCUGUAUGCUAGCUAAUUCCUAUUCGGCUUUUUUAUUUUCUGUUUUUGCUUUUUCUUUAUAAUCUUAUUUCAAAUAGAUUUGUGUUAAAUAAGUUUGAAUUCAUGAAGCUGACAUUGUGUCUAAUAUUACUAUUACUAAUAUGAAGAUAAUCGGUGGUGGUGAAGAUAAUCAUGAAAUCAGGAGCCGCAUUUGUUGUAUCUCUAUAAAUCAAAGUUCAAUUCAAUAGUUCCACGAGUAAACGACCUUGGUACCAGAUUGUUUUAUCUGCAUACAAACACUUCUUUCAAUUGUUUAAAAUAUGAUAAGCGCGGAUAUUUUGCGAGGUGCUAAUUUUUUUGGAAACCCACAAGAGCGGGGAAAAACAGGAGCAAAGCAAUUCUUUAAACUUUGUUUUUUUUUAACUGUCCGACAAGGGAUUUCUUAUUCCAUUUUUACCUCAUUUUCAGAAAUUUCGUCUACAAAAUACUUACUACGGCCGUUCUGAGCAUCUUAUCGAUUGCAUAAAGAGUGCGCUAAAAACAAAACAACAAAAGCGAAACUACUUAAGUGUUCCUUCAGACCAAUGUAACAACAAAAUCAGGUUCACCUAUAGGUUCCUUUCCUAAAGAGUUAAGCCUAAAGGCCAAAAAAAGCAAAUUUUCGAUAUUCAGCGAGGCCAUUUUGUUGCUCCACUUUCCGUCCGUAUUUUUACCCUGUUCUUCAGUGUAAUACUGCGGUACAUUUUGCGCGUUCCUUUUCCCUAAUCAUGACAACGCGGCGAAGUAGUUAAAUAACAAACGCUUUCAUGUAUAUUUUAGCACUCUCGAAAUAUAUCACUGCAAUGAUCUUUCUUUUGACAAAGUCAUGAUAAUUCGCUUUACAGACUGUUCAGGUAACGGAGAUCCUAUCAUAGCCCCAAAGUGUGAAGCGGAGUGUAACUGUUCAGGAGGAUGGGAGGGAGAAUUUUGUGAGCGCUUACUUGCAAAUGGUGGAGGUGACCCACAUCUGGAAACAUUAGAUGGCAAGUAGACAAAAAAAACAGAUUCUACAUUCACUUAUUUAAGAGCGAGAGAUAAAGGGAAAUGUAAAAACCCUAAAAGAGGUCCAACAAUUUGCUCAUCAAACUACUCAGUUAAACGAUAGAUUUCAGCAACCCUUUGUAUUUUGGUUGGUUAAUGAGAGCUUUAUUUCAAGGUUUCUGUAAUGUUUAUGACUGAAGUUUUGAUUUUUGCCUUCUUCGCCAGGUGUGAAUUUUGACUUUUUUGGAAUUGGAGAGUUCUGGGGUUGCAAGAGUGUUAAAAACGAUUUUGGUCUUCAAUUUCGUUUUAAUUAUUACGAGCGAGCUUCGCUUAUUGGUGGAAUUGCACUCAAAGCUGGGAGAAGUGUUGUUACGAUUAUGACGAUCAAGACUGAAAGAGUUCAAGACUUGCCCAUUACAAGGUUUGGUUUAUGCUUCUUAAUCAGUAAACAAAGUAUUUCUAUGAUGGAGGCUGUAGCCAGGGUGACUGGGAUCUUCAAGUUACUUAUUCGUUCAAGUAAAACCUAUUGCGAUGUUGACUCACUAGUAGAGAGAUGUAACUCACCUUGGUUGAACGAGUGUCAUUCAAGAACUUGUUGUGACUGACCUUGAUUUCUCGACAGAAUCGAUGGAGUGGAAAUGAAUGCCACCAGUAAUUUGUCAGAACCUAUUGAAAUAAGUAAUGGCACAGUGUUAUUGGAUCAUCAAAGACGUUUUUCUUUUGAGGCUGAGGAGAACAGCGUCGUUUUAAUUUCACUUCAGUAUGAUGCAGGCAAGUCCUUAAAAGAUAUUUUAAGUAUUUUCCUUUUUGUCCCAGCCAUGCAUAAGAUCGGUAGGUAGGAUAUUAAUGAGCUGAAUCCAGAAAUAAACAAUGCUAUUAGUUCCUCAAAUUGCCCCAAAUAAAUCUCUCUCUCAGGUGUAACAGUAACCAUCGACGUCCGUCAUAGUCGAGUUAUGAAAAGACAGUAUUUGAAUAUUCUCUACUCGCCAACUGCUGCUUAUAAAGGUCACACUGAAGGACUGUGUGGCUUCAUGGAUAACAAUGCCACUAACGAUUUCAUGGGAACCGACGGAACUCUUUACGAUGAAGCCGUUCAAUUUGCUGAAUCAUGUAAGCAAAGCCUAUCACAUAGUUUGAUCUAGGUGUUACCCCAAUAAUUUUAGUUAAAACAUUUAUUGGUAUUGAAAAAAUCCCUAAAAUACAGCAAAAUUUUACAUACGUAUUAGUAACCUCGUCUUUUAGGUCUGUGCAGUGGGUCACGGACUGGAGGGGAAAAACAAGUAUCUUUAAUUAACAGUACGCAAUGAAUAAACACGUUGUUAGUAGGAUUUUCUUAUCUCCACUGUGCAUUUGGUAGGUUAGAGAAGAGUUGCUUGUCAAGUGGGACAGCAGCGGUCCGUUUGAGUGCUGAAAGCAAAACGAGUCAUUUUGAAAUCGUUUCUUCAGUCGUUGGAAAAUGCAAGCACAUACUUAAAAAAAGGGAUUAAAGUCCAAUAUUCCAUUCAAAGUUAGAACAGGUUUUUGACAAAGAAAGGGAGAUUUAAGAAAUCAAGAGCAGUGUGCAGACAUGGAAAUAAUCAAUCUAGGCGGGCCUAGUAACUGAGCGAAGUUGUAGAAUGAUGCAGAUGGACACCAAACUUUUUAGAUAUUUAAAGAUAAGCAAAAAGAGGAUGUUUUAAGUAACAAUAGGUGAUUUAUCCGAUACAAUCUUCCUCCGGUUUUUUAAAUACGAUAAAUGGGGUAGUCUGUGGCCGGCAAAAUGAAGACAAUAACCUGAAAAACACUUUGUUUCCAGCAUGAUAAGCAAUGUACAUAUUGUCGAACUGUAUCAACCUAUAUACCGAUGAAACUGUUUCUUUCAUUUAAAAGGGAGGAUCACAGAUUGUCACGAUGGCUCAGGCACGAAGGACUCUUGGUCAUGGAACUCAUCAAACUUUUAUCACGAUGACAUAAUGGACCUAACGUACACAGAUCCCACAUACAUACCUAUGUAUUCACUGGACGGAAUUUCUCGGUCUCUACUGCAGGUUAAUAAACUCAUGUGUAUAAAUCAAAACCAUAACUUAGAUCUGUUAUGUGAUUGGUCAUUUAGCAACACCAUCUGAGCAAUAAUAAGACUAUGUUGCUGCAUUGCCUUUUUUUGGACAGUGUGAUUGGUUAGUCUUUACCUUAUUCAUGUGUUAUUGGACAGAACGCUUCAAUUCCUCAUUUUUCACUUGUGUGAUCACGGACCAAAUUGGAUUCCGCGCGGUUCAUCUGCCAUUAUUGAAAGCGGGGAAACUCGACUGCAACAAAAAUAAAAAAAAAUAAUAAACCCUGCUUCUUGGCAUACAAUCUGAUCGCUGUUAUGAAGAACGCACGUAAAAAAGUAAAACAAAACAAAAAGCAGAAAUUAGAAACAAAACCAUCACGUCUGGCCACGAUUUAAAAAAAAUGUAGUGAGUCUCCUUUAGCUUGGUGUCCUUUUCUUUACCUUAAUUUGAGAUGAGCAUCCAGGCGCUUGUUUAAAGACUUAAGAUGAUUGAGAUAAACUUCUUAAUUUGAGAUAGGAUUUACUAUGACUCUUUUUUGUUAUUCAUCUUCAACGUAGAUUGCAACAAGCAUGUGCCAAUCUUUAAACAUUUCUGAUAACGAUUUACAAAGUUGCAUAUUCGAUGUCGCUAUUACCAACGACACGACAUUCACUGAUCAGGAAACUUUUAAACGAGGUAAGCUUUCUUAAAGAGUGCUUUGUAAAGAUGAUUUCAUAAGUUUAAGAACCAAGUUCGUUUUUCUAUAGAGAGUAAAGGACAUUUGGUGUUUCAAUUUAUAUCAAAAUGUUACUCCUUACCAUCCAAAAAUACAAAUAUUAGAUGAAAAUUACCUCGAGGAUAUUUUCAGUGAUAAAAAGUUGUAUUAAAUACAACAACCUGAAAGUUUAAGAGUACGCAAUACGAAAUUUUCAAAGUAACAGUAUAAAAAGGCUGGAGCGCUAACUUGCUCGCCUCAACAUGCUCACGAGAUCUGAUUCUUUAAGGCUAAUAUUUCAAAUGGCUUUUAAUAAUUCAUUCAAAGUAUUCGAUUUCUCUGUUUAAGACUGUCCAGACCAAUGCUCAGGUAAAGGGAGAUGUAUCAAUGGAACAUGUAAAUGUAUCGAAGGUUGGACUGGGAAGAGUUGUGACAAAGGUAUUGGUUAUUUUCAGCUUGAAUCCUAUCAACAGGUGUUACAUAGAUAAGGAGGACGCCUGGAUCUCUCUGCUAGAAUUCUUUAGUAAAUUUUAUUUCUCUUUAUUCUGUAUAAGACAUACAAUCAUACCCAGCGUUAAGGCACGCUUAAUUUUGUUGUGCGUGUGUUUUCUGCUUCGUUUUUGUGUUGUUAAGACUGUUUCUGUUUUCGGAGCUUCUCAGCAGGUUCAAUUUUCAUUCUGAAUUUUAACAUAGCACAAUUGGGUUUUUCAGUGUUGCCAUCUGGCAUCUUCACACAAAAACCGUAACUCUUCGACCUAACUUUGUCAUUGUAAUUUUCUUGCCCUCAGGCUCUUGUCUAAACUGUUCAACCAUCCAUGGCGAGUGUGUUAAAGGAUUUUGUGUCUGUGACCUGGGCUGGGAAGGACGAAGCUGUGAACUGGAAGGUUAUGCCGUUCAUGGUCAUCUUCUAAAUAAAAUAGAGUAUAUUUAUUUUGUUCGAAGAUCUCCUAAUAUUGACACCAGGAAACUCUUUUAAGCUGCUAAAUAGAUGUUUUCAAAGACUUUAUGAAUGAGCUUGUUUGAGACUGUUUGAGCAGGCUAAAUUUUCUCUUUUCCUCAGGAAAAGUUGAUCUAAUUUUGCAACUGGCAUCGACUUUGAAACGAUUGAAAAAGGAAGAAGGGCGCUUGCUUCUGGAGGUCGAGAUCUGAUUUCAUUUGCCGAAAGUAGUGCCCUUUGUAAUGAUUUUUCAACGACGCGCCUUUAUAUCAAACCAAAAUACUGACGUUUAUAAAUUAUUGUGAUCUACAGCCACUUGCUUUGGAGUUAACAAUUGUACUAGCCCUGAACAUGGCAGUUGUAAAACGACAGAUGUUUGCCAGUGUAAUCCCGGCUACAUAGGUCAGUUACAUGGAUCUUCUUGUGGCUGUUUGUUGUUGAUGUUAUAAUAAACGCAAGCUAGAUUACUUUUAAAAAAAGAUCAAUGGUAACCAUUGCUAUUGUAAGUUCUCGGUCAGCGGAGAUAAACGAAAGAGAAGGCGUGAAAAAUCGGCGGGGGUCAGGGGAGGAGUGUUUCUUUUCAGUUGUUGUAAUCGUGAUAACCAAAAAGGAAGAAGAUGGAUCGGUGGCAGCUUUCACCAUGGUUGGCCCGUGGUUGGUGGAGAGCGAAGGCGAACUAUUAGUCAUAAUGGACGAGCGGAGGGGACCGGUGAUGGCUUUUUUUAUAAUCUGCCAUACCAAGAAAAGAUGAGAUUGAUCAAUUAUCCAAUCCAUGCACUUUUGCUUUUAACUGUUCUCAGCAGAAAUCUUAAUCUGAAGUUCGUACCCUACAUAGCUGCCUUGUGCUUAUAAAAAUAAUAUCAGCCCGUUAUAUCGCCCGAAACACUUCUUGUUCUUAAAACAGAUACAUUUCUCGUAUUUCCAGGUGCUAGCUGCAGUAUUGUUCCUACUUGUUACGAUGUAUCAAACUGUUCUGGCAAUGGAAUCUGUGUGGAUUUCGAUGUAUGCAAAUGUAAUACGGGAUGGACUGGAAGAAAUUGUGCUCGAUACUCUUGCGAACGAUUGAAUUAUUGCUCUGGUGAGUUAUCUUGGGAAAUCAUUUUCAUAGUCUACCAAGAGAUGUCAUUCCCGACUUUCCUUCCAUCCUACAUUGCUUCUUUUUGUUUGUCCUUUAUAACGUUCUCCUGGUCCGAUGCUAGUAUUAAUGUUUUCCUGUCCUUUCUCUCUUCCUUGCUGUCGAUAAGAACACGGUAGCUGCGUGGCAUUUGACAAAUGCACCUGUGAUUAUGGCUGGACCGGAGUAAGCUGCGCCCUUCCUGACUGUGAAGCUGUCAAUCAAUGUUCCGAUAAAGGAGAGUGCAUUUCCAGCGACAAGUGUCGCUGCCUUCCGGGGUUUAUUGGAGCGGAUUGCGGUCAGAUGGCGGACUGUAGUCAUCUUGCAAACUGCAGUGGCCAAGGCGUUUGCGUUUCCACCGAGAUGCUGAAUGUGUCUUGCAGUUGCUAUCUAGGUUUUACUGGAGACAACUGCAGUCAGCCCACUUGCACAACCGUGAAUAAUUGUUCCGCCCAUGGUGCGUGCAUGGAAGCCGAGUUCUGCAAAUGUGACUUUGGAUACAUUGGAACUGACUGCAGUAACUUUUCUUGUGAGGCUGUCAACUAUUGCUCCGGCAAGUGCAUUGGUUUUGUUAAUAAUCUUUUCCUAAGUCGCAACUCUUGUGGACACAACAUACUAGCGAGGAGAACAUUAUCAUUGUUAACAAAAAAUGACAUCAUUUCCCUUCCAGUGUCUGAGAAAAAUGGUUACAGAGAGUUUCAAUGUCUUUGAGUAGUCGAAAUUGAAUGAAUGUGUAUUUAUAUACCGCACAUAUCACAUACUGUCUCAAGGCGGUUUACAAUUCUAAUUGAGUGAGAUCGAACGUUAGCUUCUAAAGGCGCCUCUGGCUGCCGCUAUCAGUCCAUAUUUGAUCUCACUCACCCACCCAGCCCAUGCAUGAAAUGUACAAUGAAACAACAGAUAGACCACCACUGCAGGAGACGGGGCCUACGGUUUAUAGUCCUUAUCCGAGAAGACUUGAAUGUCUAACCAUUUACUGGUGCAAUUACAAAGGCAGCACAUUCUCCUCAGUUAUUUUAAGACCCUGAGUGUUGGUCCGGUCUGGGUACUUUCAUAGAGAGGUGCUUUACUCACAACGAUCCGAGCUCACAAUCCUGUCUCUACGAUAAAGAUCUUGACGUUCUCCCCGACAACUUUCAUUCCCGAGUUAUUUGUAGCUGUAGCUUCUAUAACAAAGCGAUACGGUAAGACAAGGCUGACAAACGAUGUUCUUUUUUUUUUCGCUGCAGGAAAUGGAAAAUGUGUUGGUUACGACCUCUGUCUUUGCAAUUCCUCCUGGUCGGGUCGCGCAUGCAGUGUUCCUGAUUGCAGUGCUGUAAAAAAUUGUUCUGGCCAAGGAGAUUGUAUCCUACCCAACGUUUGUUCUUGUUAUCCAGCUUUUGAUGGCGAAUACUGCGACCAGAAGGCAAAACCAAACAUCAAUCCUCCAAGAUUUAACCAAACAUUUUAUAGUGCAGCCAUUAUGGAAAAUUCUCCUGUAGGAACAGUGAUUUUACAAGUAAAAGCCAACGAUACAGAUUCAGGAAGAAACGGUCAGAUAUUUUAUGCCAUACUUGGUGAUGAUAAAGUAGAAAGUAUUCUUACCGUUGGUGGACAAUCUGGAAAGGUUUACAACGCAAAGACGCUGGAUUUUGAGACAAUCGAGAUGAAAUCAUUCAAUGUGACCAUGGUUGUUGUAGAUAAUGGAUAUCCACAGAAAUCUGGAAUCGCUACCGUACAGAUAACAAUAGUGGAUGAAAAUGACAAUUGUCCAACCUUCAUCGAGCCACCAGGAGAUCUAAAACUAGAAUUCCUUGCACUCAUUCCCGGAGAAACCGUAACCAAAGUUUCUGCAAUUGACUUGGAUAGUGGAGUAAACAGCGACAUAACUUAUAGCCUAUCCAAAAAUGACGCGUUCUCUAUUGAUAACAAAACUGGUGUGGUUACUGUGGUGUCCGACUUGACAGAGAAAGUUCAUCGUCUCACUGUUAGUGCCAGUGACAACGGGGACGUUUCUUGCAUAACAGAAAUCAGUUUGAUAGUUGAAAUUGGCGUCUUUCCGACGACAAAAGCCCAGACUUCAUCUGCUUUGCCUGAGACUUUGCCUCCCAAAACAGAGCCCCGGACUAGAUCUACCACUUCCUUCACAAACAGGAAAUCCGAAACCUCUGGUACAUCUACUAUUCCUGAGACAACGGCGUUCACAGGUGAGUUUGUUUUCAUUUGUCAAUGACGAGAACAUCAUCAAAGCGCUUAUAUUGGCUGAAUAGUUAAAUGACAACCUCAAACCAAAGAAAAUAAAUGAUCAAAGUACUUAAAGGGUGAUGAACUAAUAUGGAGCGAAGAUGAACAAACGACAAGAUUCACCUAAUUGAAAAACAAAAACCUUGACAUAUUUACGUUAAAUUUUUCAAGAUUCACAAACCACGAUUUAACCUCUUUAACAGUUAGAAAUAACUAUUUUAAAUUUAAAGAUGCACAAACCACGAUUUGACCUCAUUAACAACGGGAUUAACUAUUUUACAUUUAUAACUGAAAUUAAAGAUGGAGUAAACUCGCUUACCGAUUCGAUUCUGCAAUUGAAUCAGUACUGGAGAAACCGCACAGAAAUGUCAUGGAGAGAUUGGAAAGAGUUAACGUAAAGGUUAUGUUCAUUGAAAGUGCAAACAAGUUACCAAUUGUUAUAACAAAUUCAGAAAGUGUUUAACUAUUUUAACAUCAUUUGUAUUAUAAAAACGUAGUAACAACUCAUUAAUGAAUAAAAUAAACCGUGGUAUGGAAACCCGCACCUCGCAUGCUUGACGUAAACAGAUCCGAAUCCUUCAUCAAGCGGAUAAGUAAAAAGAAUGAAGUAGCCGGAAUUCAUUUCAUGUCGUUCGAGUUCAAAUUUGAAAAAUAUUCUUUAUCCUUUCUUUUUGGACGAAGGAGCGACCACUUCGCAUGUACCAACAGAGGCAGGCGCGGAUCCCCAGGAAGGUCCAAAUUAUGCAAUAAUUGGCGGGUCUGCAGCUGGAGGAGUACUGCUUCUUUUGAUUGCAGUAAUGGUGAUCAGAAAAUGUCUUUGCAGAAACAGCACAUCUUCAGAAACUACGGGGAGAUGGAAUGCUAGUAUGGAUUUUGAGAUGUCUUUGAGGAAGUGAGAACAUCUUAUAUCUGAUGACAGGUUUCAAAAUGAAAGUUUGCCUUAGAGAGAAAAAAUCUGAGAUAACUUCUUGGGUUACCUGUGGUCACAGUCCUUUACUCGUAUACACAGUAGUAAAGAGAAGCUUUUUUUAUACAAGCUCACUUACGGAGUUGAUAGUAUUAGUAUCAAUAUCAGUCAGUAACAAACAGAACAUAAGCGUUGCAACGUUAGUGGCAUUAAGAGAUUACAACUCUCACUUAAACCUAGUAUAUCGCUGUUAUAUAGUGAUUAUCAGUAGUAACGGAAGUAGCAGUGGUAAUACCGGUAACAGUAGAAGUAGUUGUAGCGAUGGAGAAGCAGUAUGCUGUAGGAGUGGUGUUAACAGGGGCAGUAGCAGUAACAAUAGCAGUAGCAGUAGCAGAAGGCCAUCAACUAACCUAACUGUACAUCUAUAUUUCAGUUAGAGAUGGUUACUGGUGACAUAUCUCUAGUUUUCCAUAUAUCUUAUAUAUAUUUUCCAUAUAUAUAUAGGUGAAUAAUUUUAGGAACGAAGAGUAGACAUACUAAGUUUAAUUUUCUAUCUGAUUUUGAAUAUGAG